AUGAGUAACAAUCGAGGGUAUUUACCACGAUGGGGUGAGCUGCCUGUCGAACAAUAUCUGAUUAGACACUGGGACCAUGCAAUGACCGUGAGGGAGUCACCCGACCAACAGCGCAUUCGACUCAUCCGCCAAUUCCUCGAUCUGGAUGAAAUUCCCCAGGAAUGGCUUCCCACCCAUGAGGGUGGGCCAUUGCCGCGCACGCCCACAGAAGAGGAGGUCAACGCCAUUCUUCGUCCGUGGCGACCGGCUGAUCUGCGCCGGAGAGCGUGGCACAUGUACACGAAUGUUACCGAGGAACCGAUCUUCCUCCGAACACACUAUAACCCGGAAGAAGACGAGAAGAUGGAGCAUUGGGCUUGCGUCUCCGAAGAAUUUGCCGAUCAGGCUUGGUGGGCGUGUUUGGAUAACGUCCAACUCUAUAACUUUGGGUCAGAUUGGCAACGGGUGUAUGAGAUUUUGCCUGAAAUUGCUGGACCAUCGACCGGGGGAUCUGUAUCCCUAGAAACUCUAUCGUCGAUACGGUCAUGUUUCAAGAAAUGGCUCAGCGAGGCAAAACAAAUUGAACCUGAGUUUUGGAAGAAGGAUCCGCAUCGUUUUAUUGAGUCUAAGGCAGCUGGACUCCUCCACGCAGUGACAUCAAGAUAUUUUCUUCUCGCAGAUAAAGAGGCCUUUGAGACAGAUGGACGUUUGCGCCUGGUGUACCUGGAUAAUCAGCGGAAUAUUGUCCGGGAGACACGGGUUGACGCUGAUGAGCAGACAAUUACUGAUGUUAUUAUGGCCUGGUUUGAACUGACUGACCCUCCUGAGCUGGAGGAUGGCAUCACUGGCGAUAGAUACCGGGUUACUGGUGAUUUGGGCAGAGAGUUAUAUCAACUGACAGAAGCUGAUUUGGCAGAUCCUUAG